CAUGAAGCUGCGGGACGCCCCGUCCGCCUGCCCGUCGCUGUGGCGCUGCCUGCCGUGCCCGCUGGCCGAGCUGCGCCUGGACCUGGUGCUGUCUUCGGGACAGAGCUUCCGGUGGUGGGAGAGCAGCCCGGGGGCCUGGACAGGCGUGCUGGAGGGGCGCGUCUGGACGCUGCGGCAGGACCGGGACCGGCUCUGGUACACGGUGUACGGCGAGGAGGAUGAGCACAAGGAGGAGGAACGGGGUGGGUGCCCCGCCAAAGCAGCCAAGCUGGACGGUGCGGAGACAGACCGGAUCCUGCGCGACUACUUCCAGCUGGACGUGAGUCUGUCGGCCCUGUAUCGUGAGUGGGAGGCGGCCGACCCCUUGUUCCGCAAGGUGGCCGAGGACUUCCCAGGGGUGCGGGUUCUGCGGCAGGACCCUAUCGAGUGCCUCUUCUCCUUCAUCUGCACCUCCAACAACCACAUUUCCCGCAUCACUGCCAUGAUUGAGCGCCUCUGCCAGGCCUUUGGCCGCCACCUUUGCUCCAUCGACGCCCGGCCGUUCCACGCCUUCCCGUCCCUCUCGGCACUCACAGGCACUGAUGCCGAGGCCCGGCUGCGGGCACUGGGCUUUGGGUACCGGGCCAAGUUUGUCAGUGGGAGUGCGCGGGCCAUCGCCCAGGGUCUUGGUGCUGAGGGGCUGCGCCAGCUCCGCACCGCGCCCUACGCCGAGGCCAGGAAGGUGCUGUGCGCCCUGCCUGGUGUAGGUGCCAAGGUGGCUGACUGUGUCUGCCUGUUGUCCCUGGACAAGGCUGAGGCGGUGCCAGUGGACACUCAUGUCUGGCACAUUGCACAGCAGCGCUACGGCGUGGCGGUGGGCAGCAAGAGCCUGACCCCCCGGGCCUACCAGGAGAUCGGCGAUUUCUUUCGGGGGCUGUGGGGCCCCCGCGCUGGCUGGGCACAAGCGGUACUGUUCUGUGCUGACCUCCGCAAGGGCCAGGAGCUGACCAGCAGCCGGGAUCAGGCCUGGGAGAGCCGAAGCCAGGACCACCAUGGGGAUGGGCCCCCCUAGGGACACCCGAGGAGGAAGAGUGGCUUGAGUGGGACACUGUGCGUGCUGCCAGCCUGGGACAAAGGGGGGUGGGCUGUGCCUGUCCCCUGCCCACUGUGUGUGUGGAGGGAGACGCUGCUUUUGGCAGUGAGGCCAGGGGGAAUUAGGGCUAUGUCCAGCUCCCCCAGAGCAGAGCCGAGCCAAGCACCUUUGGCCUCUUGCCUUUAUU